AUGGCCCGCAAGAAGAAUGAAGAAGAGAUCGAGCUCAACAUCUCAAAGGAGCAGUUCAGAGGCACGCGCGACUCGCGCGACUCAAUCAUGGCGCCGUUGAAGCCACUUCUGCCUCGUCCGUCGGCGCAGAAUGCGCCCAAGCCAGCGGCGCGUCGAGUCGCGUCCACAACGCAGAGCACAAAUGAAGGAGCUCGGUUGCUUACGUCCAAGCAGGUUCUCAUGGCCCUCGCGAGUGUCCAGAAAGGCCUUCACAAUGUCUCGAACAACCUCAACGAACUGAUGCACGCGUACAUCAAGCACACCGCCUCAGUUCUUUCUGGCGAGGACGGCGCUCUAGAGGGCCUUCAGCUCUCCGAGAGCGCGCAGCACAUGAUCGACGAGGCCGACUUCGCCACCAAGAGCGUCGCGAACCUGACCAAGUCGAUCGGAGCCCCUACUGGCGACGCUGGCGACGCUGAUGCAGGCAAGUCGAAGAAGCGCAAGCGCGAGAAAAAGGUCAAGGACCCCAAUGCGCCCAAGCGUCCUCUUACCGCCGCGUUCCUGUUUGCGCAGAGCGCGAGGCCCAUCAUCAGGAAGGAUCUGGAGAAUGAGCUCCCGCCUGGCGCAAAACUUGAACCCAAUGCUAUCAACCUUGAGGUCAACAAGCGCUGGAACGAGAUGGCCGACGAAGACAAGGAGAAAUGGAAAGCCUCCUACCGCGAAUCCAUGGAAAGCUACAAUAAGGAAAUGGCCGCCUACAAAGCCUCCAAAGGCGCCGCCCUCGCUGAGGAGCCCGUCGCCGAAGACGACGCUUCAGAGAUCGAAGCCGACCCCGCCGUCCUUGACACAGACGUGGAAUCAGACGACGACGACGUCUCCGACGAGGAGCCCUCUCCGACCAAGGCUCCCACCCCUCCCCCAGCAAAUGGCAAAAACCCGCGCCCAAACAAGCGCCAGAAGACCUCCGCCGCGCCCGCUGUUAAUGGCCAUGUAGCUAUCGCCCCGGCUGCGGGCCACACACCCGUCCCUCCACCAGCUACGCGCGUGCAGACUGCUGUCCCGCCGCCGCAUCUAGCGGAGGCCACGCCCGCGAAAAAGGACAAGAAGAAGAAGGUUGCCCCAACGCCUGCUGCUAAAGAGCCUUCCCCAGAUGAUGGCAAGAAAGACAAGAAGAAGGGGCGAUCGACGCGUGCAGCAGAGGCUGAGGAGGAGAAGACGAGCGAAAAGGAGAAGGGCCCCAGGAAGAGGGAUAGGAGUAAGCGCAAGAGCGAGGGUGUUGCGGCUUAG